AUGCAUCGUCCGUAUCCGCACCACUACGACACCUCGCCGGUUUCUUCUCCAUUCGGCAGCGCAGACGUGAGCGUGGAGCUCCCCAAGUCGCCAGCGAGAGGCUGGGGUGACGGCACCAAUCACCCGCCCUCCACGCAGGACGCGCACAACAACGUCGCCAAGGCCUCCACACCUGCCCAAACACGCGACCCCAGCUCGCUGGUGGCCGUCACCAGAAGCAUAUCUCACGCCGCCAGCCUGAGCUCGUCAGCGAAUCCCAAGCAAGCUGAACCCGCGGAUCCGAGGAUGGAAGCCGGUCAGAGUGGGCAGGGAAAACGAGAAGAACGGCGAGAGGAAGGCGAGGAGGGUAGCCUCUCACCGGUAGACGCGCUCCCAGGAGGCGAGACUGAGAAGGAGAGGGGCGCUUCAGGGUCACCCCACGGAGAGCGCGCAGAUGUUUGGAUGGGGACGGAAGCAAGCGAGCAAGCUGCGGCCGCGGGAGAAGAAGCCGAAUCCUCCGAGGGCAGAGAGUCGCCCUCGCCGUUCAGGAGACGCCGCCUCUCCCUGUCGCGUUCUGCGGAGGCGAAGGAAGACGAAAGAGAACGAGGGAAAGCGAUCAUUGCCGUUGACCAGGAGACCGCCGUCGGGCUCCUUCGGGCGCAAGCCCGCGGGCUGGAAUCAGCGGAGAGGGAAGAACGGGCUCGUGGAGACGACUCCACGUCUUCCACAAGGGGACGUGAGGACGCGACCUCAGAGAGCGAUGGCGAGAGAGCGCGGAUGAAACGAAAUGAGCUUCCGGGAAGGGGGGAGAGGCGCCUGCAACGAGGAGAUCCGCGUGCGGAUCAGGGGCUCGACCGAAGCUGCGGCGACUCCCAGGGGCAGCCUCACGAAGGCGAUGUCUCGCUUUCGUCUUCUUCAGAGUUUGAGGACGAAGGUGAGGGAACGAAUUCGCCCUUGUUGAAAGACCGCCAGAGGCGGCACCUGUCCCUCUCACAGUCUGCGGCCGUGGCCUCCGUGGAUACUCCAGAGGACGACGGCGAAGAGCGAGGUCUCACGUCAGUCAAGGUGGCCGCGGCAGCAGCAGGCGGUUCGUCUGCCGAAGGAGGAAAUGGAGGAAGAGAAGCAGGUGGGGCACAGGCUUCGGAACAGAAGAAACAAGGAGACUCCGUGGCGACACAAUCAAAACAGGCGAAUUCGAGAACGGCGAGGAGACUUAGUGUUGCCGGUCUGUCCAGCGAACGAACGCAGGACAAUUUUGAGGACAAGAAAGUGGAGAAGCACGGACAGGCCGCUCAGCAGGACUCGCUCAGCCAGUUUGGCAUUGGCAUGUGCUGCAAAAAGGGCUUCAAGCCGGAGUCGCCCAACCAAGACGAUUUCUUCAUCAUCAAGGUAGAUAAGUGGUGUCUGUAUGGAGCCUUCGACGGCCACGGCCCUUUCGGGCACGACGUGAGCAACUACGUCCAGCGAGAACUCCCUGCACGGCUUCUCUACGGCGAGCCGCCCUUCCUUUCGUCGCCAUUGCGUGCUCUACACGCCUCGUUUACAAAGGUUCACAACGAGCUCGAGGAUCAGACGGACGCCAUUCCGAGCGGCGGGCAAGGCAUCGACUGCAGCAUGAGCGGCACGACCGCCACAGUUGUGCUCCACAUCCACGCCCAGAAAAAACUUUUCGUCGCCCACGUGGGCGACAGCCGCGCGGUGAUUGGCCGUCGCGAACCGCCCUUCAGGCUGCUGUCAUCUACCGGGCGCCAGGUGCAGGGAAGGCCCUCUUGGGAGGGCGCGGGUCACGGCAGCCCCGAUCCCCUGCAAGCUUCGAGAGACGCGGGAGCCGAACGCGGAGAUCGAUCGCUUAUUCGCCUCAGAGCAAUGGACUUAACGGUCGACCACAAGCCAACCAACGAAUUAGAAAAGCAAAGAAUUAUCAAGUCAGGCGGCCAAGUACGACGCCUAGAAGGAGACGUUCCGCACCGCGUGUUUUUGAAAAACCGACUUUUUCCGGGGCUCGCCAUGAGUCGGGCUAUUGGCGACACGAUUGCAACGCAAGCUGGGGUCAUUCCAGAUCCCGAAGUCCGAGAGUACCAACUCGUGGACGGUCGCGAUGAAUUUUUGCUUAUCUGUUCGGAUGGCGUGUGGGAGUUCAUUUCUUCGCAAGAAGCAGUGAACAUGGUCGGUUCUUUUGGCAGAGAACGCGUAAGUUUUCUGUCCGAUCCGCGGCGGCGGAAACGCGGCUUUGACGCUAGCAGUCGUGCACCAGGUGUCGUCUCGAUCGAUGCAUGCCGAGAAAGAUAG